CAACUGGAAAUAGCUGAUUUCAUCAACCUGCUUAUUCCAUACAAGACAAAUUCAGCUUCCAAAAUUCAGAGACGAGGUCAGUUUAGUAAGGCAAGUUGGUAGACAGACUUCUUGUCUCUGCUGUUUGCCUCAGCAGCCAGAGCAGUGAGUCAGUCACCAACAGUCCCACUGUGUUGGACUGAAUCCCUUUCUUUUUUACCCAUGAGUGGAAAAACACCACAGUAGUAAUGCAGGGGAGUGAAAGGAAAGCAGAGGUGGGGUCCUGCCUGUAAUAAAAGACCUCUCUAUCCAGAUAUUGGCCUGCAGCCAUGCUGAGACGUGUGAGACCAGGUACACCAGAGAGGCAUGCUUCAUAAACUCUACACUGAGCUGCUGAGAGUCUCAUGUUCUGGAGUGAAUGAUUUUGUAGAGGACUGAGAUGUAAUAAAUGUAAAUACAGAAUCUGCUGAGCUUAAGCUGUGUCUCAAAGGUAGAAAUUGGACUUUGACUCAGGAGUCAUCAUAUAAGAAGGAGGCAACGGGAAAGGCAGCUACCACAGAAAGGAAGAGAGCACGAAGCCAUGACUAUGUGGAGGAUUGUGGGAGCUCUACUACUAAUACUAAAUACUGUGUCUGGCCAGAGCAGUAUCAGAUGGUGCACCAUCUCAGACCCAGAGCAGAGGAAAUGUCAGGCCAUGUCUCAGUCUUUCUCUGAGGUCUCCAUCCGUCCGUCACUCAGCUGUGUCAAGGGAGUGACAGUCGAGGGCUGCAUCCAGAAACUGCAGAGAAAAGAAGUUGAUGCCUUGUCCAUGUUUGCCACUGAUAUCUACAACCUAGGGAAGGCUGCUUCCUUUAAGAUGGCCGCCAGUGAAUCAAAGGCUGACGGUACUGGUGCCUCCUACUAUGCAGUUGCUGUGGUUAAGAAAUCGAAACCUGGCAUCAACAUCAACAACCUUGCAGGAAAAAAGAGCUGCCACACUGGGAAAAACCGAACAGCUGGCUGGAAUAUGCCUUUGGGAUUUCUCAUAGACCAGGGUUACAUGUCUGUGAUGGGCUGCAAUAUCCCACAGGGUGUUGCAAAUUUCUUCAAUGCGAGCUGUAUCCCCGGAGCAAAUGAGGCUGGGGACCCUGCAUCUCUGUGUCAACUUUGCAGAGGAGAUGCCUACGGACAGCACAAAUGUGCAAUGGACAUCCAAGAGACAUACUUCGGCUAUCACGGUGCUUUCAGGUGUCUGGUUGACGAUGCAGGAGAUGUGGCUUUCAUCAAACACACGACUGUGGAGGAGAACACUAAUGCACCGACGUCAUUGGAAUAUGACCUGUUGUGUCGUGAUGGCAGCAGAGCUCCUGUCUCUCAGUGGAAAAGAUGCAACCUGGGCCGUAUCCCAUUUCGUGGCAUUGUGGUUGGCGAUCACAUCACUCCUUCUGUGGUGUUUAACAUGCUGAAUGAGGGGCUGGAGAAAUCAGGCUUCAACAUAUUUUCAUCUACGGAUUAUGGAGGAGGAACUGUGCUCUUCUCUGAGUUAUCCACCACGUUUCUCAGUGUCGAGUCAGAUGACCCAGAGAGGUGGAUGGGUCGCCUCUAUUACAACGCUCUCAGUGCCAUGGACUGUAAAACAGAAGGUGUCCUGCGGUGGUGUGUGUUGUCCAGCGGCGAGCAGCAGAAGUGUGCUGACAUGGGUGUGGCCUUCCUAAGUAAGGGUCUGACGCCAGACAUCAAAUGUGUUUAUGGGAACUCUCUGACCGACUGUAUGAAGAAAAUCAAGAACAACGAGGCCGAUGCCAUCACUCUGGACGGAGGUUACAUCUACACAGCAGGCAAAGACUACGGCUUGGUCCCUGCCACUGGCGAGAGCUACACAGAGGACCCUGAUGGUUCCAUAUACUAUGCUGUCGCGGUGGUGAAAAAGAGUAGCUUUGACAUACGCAACCUUGAUGACCUGCGCGGUCAUCGCUCCUGUCACACCGGAUACGGUCGCACGGCUGGUUGGAACAUUCCCGUAGCAACGCUGAUGGAGAGAGGCCUGAUCACCCUUCAGCAAUGUCAGAUACCCCAAGCGAUGGGAGAGUUCUUCGAUCAAAGCUGUGUACCAGGUGCCAACCAGCCUGGUUUCCCCAGUAGCCUGUGUGGUUUGUGUGUGGGAGACAGAUUGGGGAAGAACAUCUGUGAGAAGGGAAAAGACCUGUAUGAUGGAUACGACGGUGCCUUCAGGUGUCUGGCAAGUGGAGCUGGAGAUGUGGCUUUUGUCAAGCAUUCUACUGUCUUCCUAAACACUGAUGGUAACUCAGGUGAAUCAUGGGCAGUAGACCUCCACUCUACAGAUUUCCAGCUGCUCUGUUCUCAGGGCACCAAGGCCGAGGUCACGCAGUACAGACACUGUAACCUGGCUAGAGUCCCUUCUCAUGCUGUAAUGGUACGACCAGACACCAACAUCCAUGCUGUCUAUGGACUCCUGGAUCGCGCACAGACAUAUUUUGGCAGUGAUACAGGUCCUGGUUUCAAGAUGUUUGACUCACAGGCCUACAAUGGCACAGAUCUCAUCUUCAAAGACUCCACCGUUCGGCUUGUGGGUGUCGGUGACAGAAAGACCUACCAGGAGUGGCUGGGACAGAGCUACAUGGACUCACUGGUCGAUAUGGACUGCAAAUCAUCGUCAAGUGCAGGUAAAGACAAACUAAACUGCAUUCCUCAUGAAUCAAUGCCAGUCCUUCGGUUUCUAAUAUAUCUGCUACCGCUGUGGCAGUGUGGCACAAGUAAACUUAAAGUUGUGAAAUGUGUUUGUUUUUUUAAACCUUGUUUCAUCAAAAUCCAGCCUGGGGUGUACCAGAUAUUACAUACCAGAUGAUAUCAUUUUAAAAAAUGGAUGAAAGCACCCCCUAGGGGCUUAUCCGUAUAAUUGUGAGUGCAGCAGUGAGAUGAAUCAUUCUCCUACAUUUUCCCAAAUUCAAUGAUGGGCUGAUUGAUUCAGGAAUAAAAGAAGAUGAAUCCAUAAAUAAGGACACUGUAAGAUACACUUUUGAGAAGCUGAUACCAAUUUUCAUUGGAUAAAAUGACCACUUUGUCUCAGAGCAAACUUUCUGAUGACUUCUUGUGUUCUCUCCUUCUUAUAGUGAUGUCCUCUGUCUGGCUGCUGCUAACGGCCCUGUUGAGCUUCAUGCUGACCAACCUCUAAAUGUAAAAGCACAGUAUGACACAGGCAUUCAGUCUUCUCCUGUUCCUUUCCCUCCUUCAUUUUUCUCUUUAUAUAUUUCCUGUAUCAUUCUCUUCCUUUAUAUUUCGGUCUCUGUCACCUUAUCUUUCACCACUUUCCAAACAUGAACCUUCAGAUUUCAAUUCAAAUCAUCCAGUCCAGCCCUGUAAGUUAGUCCUGCUUAGACACCCACUGUUUCCAUCUCUGAAUGUUUCUUUUUUGUUUGUUUGUAAAAUUGCAUCUAUCAUUUCUACCUGAUUGUAUAAAAUAUGAGAUUUGGGCAUUUUCAGUUGCCUUUGGACUGUUGAAGAAAGUGAGGAACUUGUUUUCUGUGAUGUGAGUUUGUUGCCAAAGGACUUUCAGCCAGUGUGAGUCAGACAUGAUCAGAGGUGCUGCUGCCACUUUGGUUACUGAAGGUGAGCUGCCACAUCAGUGCAUGUGCUGCCACCUGUUACAUUGCUUUAGUUGGGCAGUGCCUCUCUUGGAUUGGAUUAUCUCACAUGAGCCACUGAUAAUUACGCCUCAAGUAACAUGUAACCUCAUGUAACAAUAAUCUUGGGUAAAGUCCACCUUACUCCUCUCACUUAACAGCUGCAGUUAUUUUUUUCUUAAAGGGCCAGUUCACCUCACCUCAUCAUCAUUUUUCAAACCUUUUUAACAGUUCAGUUUAUACAUUUAGACACAGAUGGAGUGAGUAACCAUGACCCAAUGUCAGGUUCCAUCAGAUUCGAGUAGAACAUGAAGAAAACAUCCCGUGGUGUGUUUUUGUUUGUCUCGAUGGUUUAAGUCAAAGAAUAGUGUGUGUCACUUGAUGGAAGACAACACGCUUUAAAGUACUGGUUUCACUGUAAAAAG